AUGAUAUUGGUAUUCAAUGCUUCACUGGCUGUUUUUAUUGUGAAAAGAGCCACGAUAUGGAGAUAUCGAAAAGGUGUCGAAAAUGCCAUGGAGUUGUUGACAGAGGAUGAAAGAGAUUGGGGCAACAGAACAGAAGAAGAAGCUGAUGUAAGUAUCUGUGUUAUCAGCUCUUUCCAUGACUGA